GGGACGGAGGGAAGGAAGGCAUGCCGUCGCAGAGCAUCCGUCGCGACGCCUGAGCGAGCCACCAUGAUGAAGACGGAACCCACUGCCAAGAGCGCCGGCUCCACGCUCAGGAGCCCAUCCCCGCACAGGAGCGCCUAUGAGGCGGGGAUGCAGGCCCUCAAGCCCGUCCCCGACAACGCCGCCAAUGGAGACGUGCAGGGCGGCCCCCGGGGUCGCAGGUACGGCUCCAACGUGCACCGCAUCAAGAACAUGUUCCAGCAGCUGCAGACCACCACGGGUGAAGCCGAGACAGAGGAGGGUGCCAAGGGAAGCGACAAAGCCGUGCGGCUCUCCCUUCCUAGGGCCGGCAGCCUCAACGAGAACGUGGACCACAGCGCGCUGCUCAAGCUCGGCUCCACCGUGUCCGAACGCGUCAGCAAGUUCGACACCAAGCCCGAGAACGGCCACCAGCGGGCUUCAUCGCCCAGCUACUCCAAGCUGCAAGAAACCCGCCGCAUUUUUGAGCAGCAGCAGCAGGAGAAGCUGCAGCAGGAGAAGCUGCAGCAGCUGCAGCAGCUGCAGCAGCAGCAACAGGAGAAGGUGCAGCAGCAGCAACAGGAGAAGGUGCAGCAGCAGCAGCAACAGGAGAAGCUGGCCACCACCAGGGUGCUGCUCAAGCCGGAUAAGGCCCCCAGCCUGCAGGAGGGCAGGCUGGACAUGAUGGCCCGCUUCAACGGCAGCACCGAGUCCCUGGACAGCCUGGACGCCAGCGAGGCCGUGUCCCCCACUGUCAGCCAACUCAGCGCCGUCUUCGAACGGGCAGCCGAGCUCCGGAACAACCUGAACCGCCUCUCGUCCACGCCGCCGCUCCCAUCCAGGGGGGUCAGCGCCAAGGUGGGCGUGUUGAACUCGAAAAUAAUCACCAAGAGGGCGAGUGCCUUGGUCUCCAGCAACCAUGGGGAUGACCAAGACGGGCCUGCGAGGAGCCUCCGCAGGGCGGCCGAGACCAUAAACGGGGGUCAAAAGGAAGAGGCGCAACAGCACAGGUCAAAGACCGUGUCUGAUGCGGGCGUGGAGGCCAAGGCAGAGCAACUUGAAGAGGCCAGCAUGGUGGCGCGCUUCAAGAACGGAGAUGCCACUUCAACGGGCCUGGAGGCAGCAGAGGAGGGCAGCCGGACGCCGAGAGACGACGGAUCGAGCCAGGAAGAGGACGAGGACGACCGCUACGAGGCCGAGUCCAGCUGCGUGGAGAUCGCAGGGCUCCCCGUGGAGGAGGAACCGCCCCCAUCGAGGAAAAUCCGCUUCAGUAUCGAGCCCAUCAAGGUGUUUGCCACCUACCCCAAUGAGGAUUACGACAGGCGCAACGAAGACGUGGACCCCAUGGCGGCGUCCGCCGAGUAUGAGCUGGAGAAGCGGGUGGAGCGGCUGGACCUGUUCCCCGUGGAGCUGGAGAAAGAUGAGGACGGCCUGGGCAUCAGCAUCAUCGGCAUGGGCGCGGGGGCCGACAUGGGCCUGGAGAAGCUCGGCAUCUUCGUCAAAACAGUUACCGAAGGGGGCGCGGCGCAUCGCGACGGCAGGAUCCAAGUGAACGAUUUGAUCGUGGAGGUGGAUGGGACCAGUUUGGUGGGAGUCACCCAGAAUUUUGCCGCCUCUGUGCUGAGGAACACCAUGGGAACCGUCAAGUUCUUCAUCGGACGCGAGAAGCCGGGAGAGCAGAGUGAGGUGGCGCAGCUCAUCCAGCAGACGCUGGAACAGGAACGCUGGCAGCGCGAGAUGCUGGAACAGCGCUACAACCAGUAUAUGGAAGAGCAUGAGGAAGGCGAGUACGGCACCGAUGAGGAUGAGGACGAAGACGUCAGUCCGCAGUACACGGGCGCCAUCGAAGUGUUCGACUUGGCGGAGAACGAGGACCUGUCGCCGCUGGAGACGGACCCGGAGAAACUGGCCCAUAAGUACAAAGAGCUCCAAAUUAAGCACGCUGUGACUCAGGCAGAAAUCCAGCAGCUGAAGAGGAAGCUCCACCACGCCGAGCAGGACAAGCAGCGCUGGCGCAUGGACAAGGCGCAGCUGGAGCAGACCCUGCAGGAGAACAAGGAGCGCAUGGAAAAGCUGGAGGGCUACUGGAUGGAGGCGCAGAGUCUGUGCCAGGCGGUGGACGAGCACCUGAAGGAGACGCAGGCGCAGUACCAGGCGCUGGAGCGCAAGUACAGCAAGGCCAAGCGGCUCAUCAAGGAAUACCAGCAGAAGGAAAUUGAGUACCUGAAGAAGGAGACACAGAGAUGUGCACAAGCAGGAGCCGAGGCCUCACUCCUCAAGGAGGAGUCGGGUCAGCUGCAGGAACAGGUGGCUGACUUGGAGUGCCGUGUGGAGGAGCUCAAAUCGGAACCUUUAUAAGAAGCCUUUUGGAGGUAGACAAAAAAAAAAAGGAGAGCACAACAAGGAGCAGCAGGGUAUCUUUUGUCUACUCUCCAUGUCGAACCCUUUUUCUUUUACACCUGGAGAGUAUUUAAUCCCGGAAUCUGGUUUCCGCCCCCCCCCAAUUGCCAAACAAAAACAAUGUCCUGUCUUUCUAGUUUGGUGACUUUUUCCAGCGUGUACAGAUGUGACUACUGUAUAGGUGUGGUUUAACAAGAGUUUUUAAUAUGUGUCAUAAUAUUUAACACAUCAUGUAAACUCAAAUUAGACGGACGAGUGUUGUAAAUUUGAUGUGAGAUUGACAACUGGGAUCAAAACAGGACUGAUUGUAAUUGUGGCGACCACCUGCUGCCUAACAGUGUUUUGUGUAUUUUAUUUAUUUUCUUUUUUACACACUUAAGACUCGUAAAUAUGAAUCCAGGCCUCCGUUUAUUCAUGACUACUAACUGGAGCAGCAAGUACCAGCAGAGGACAUUUUAAGGUCUGGAACCAGCAGCUGCAGCAUGAGGAGGAAUAGGGAAGAAAAAAAAAAAA